AUGGAUGCAUUAGUUUCCUUUAACCUAAACUGGGGAAUGCUGUUCCUCAUUCAGACCACUGUUGGAAUUCUUGGCAAUUCCUCCCUCUUUCAUAGGUAUAAUUUCCCAUUUUUCACUGUACAAGUGAUGAGACCCAGAAAUGUGAUUCUCAAUCAGCUCAUCAUUUCAAACAACCUGGUUCUUCUCUCCAGAGGGAUCCCUCAGACAGUGGCCACUUUUGGGUUGACAUCUUUCCUAGGGGAUGCUGGGUGCAAACUUAUCCUCUGUUUGUACAGAGUGGCCAGAGGUGUCUCCCUCAGCACCACCUCCCUCCUCAGUGGCUUCCAGGCCAUUAAACUUCACCCCAACACUUCUGGGAGGCUGAGCCUCAGAAUCAGGUCCUCAAAGUGGAUUGGCAGCUGGUGUAUCCUUUGCUGGAUCUUGCACCUCAUGCUCAAUAUCCAUGUAACCAAGAUUGCAAAUGGCCCACAGAAUAGUAAAAACCUGACUGCCAAAGGAAUCCACAGAUACUGUUCCUCCACCAUCCCUGAGAGACUGGGUUUCUUACUAGCAGGAGUAAUUUUAUCCCUAAGUGAUAUUAUGUGUCUGGUACUCAUGGCCUGGGCCAGUGGCUCCAUGGUUCUUGUCCUACAUAAGCAUAAGCAGAGAGUCCAGUACAUCCAUAGCCACAGCUUGUCCCCAAAGCCUGCCCAUGAGGACCGAGCCACAUGGACUAUCCUGAUCCUAGUGACCAUGUUUCUCUCCUUAUACUCUCUAUCUUCCAUCUUAUCACUUUGGACAACCCAGACUCUGUACCCAAGCCACUGGCUGCUGAACACCUCUGUAUUGAUGUCACUGGGCUUUCCAACACUCAGCCCCUUUGUAUUCAAUUGCACUGAUUCUCAUACUUCUCAUUGUUGCUUCAUUUCUCAUAUGAAGAAAGCACAAAGUCCGACUAUGGUCUCCACAUUUUACGUUUCCUAG